CAGUGUCAAAUUACGGUGCUUUUAGCUUAAUCUUUUUUUUUUUUCUGUUAAUGGAAGUUCUAGCGGCUUCUCUGGGCGACGCCGUCGUCUCUGCUUUGUUUCGUUCGCUGGUAGACUUCAUCUCCUCGCACCACUUCGUGAAAUUUGCACACAAAGAUAAAUUUUCAUCGGAGCUCGAGAAAUGGAAAAAGCUGCUGCUCAAUAUCAAUGCUUUGCUCGAAGAUGCAGAAGAAAAGCAAACAACGAGCCGCUCAGUGAAGCUGUGGCUCAGCGAGUUAAGAGACAUUGCUUAUGAUGCCGAUGAUAUCAUCGACGAGCUCGCCACUGAAGCUCUUCGCCGUCAAAUGAUGGGAGAACAGAACCCCUCUUCCCCCACUAACAAGGUGAAGAGAUAUAUUUCGACUUGUUGUCUUAGUUGUAAUCCUUCAAAAACGGUUAAGUUUAGCACCAAAAUGGCAUCCAGAUUAAAGGGUCUUACUGUUAGAUUGGAAGAGGCUGUUGCAAUGAAGAAUGAUUUGAGAUUGGUAGAGAAUGAUAGAGGGAGGGAUGAAAGGAUGAGGGAGAGGCUAAGAACCAGUUCUCUUGUCGAUGAGUCUCGUGUUUACGGCAGGGAAAGGGAUAAAGAGGCUGUUCUUGAUUUGUUGAUGAACGAUUGUGAUGAUGGUGUUACUGAUAUUGGUGUAGUUUCCAUUGUGGGUAUGGGUGGUGUGGGUAAAACCACUCUAGCUCAGUUAGUGUACAAUGAUGCCAAAGUUGAAAGCUUCUUUGAUUUGAGAAUCUGGGUUUGUGUAUCUGAAGAAUUUGAUGUUGCUAAGGUGACUGCCACGGUGCUUCAGGCUGUUACUUUGGAGAGUUGCGAUUUAAAUGAUCUGAACUUACUCCAAGUUAGAGUGAAGGAGAAGUUGUUGGGAAAGAAAAGUUUAGUUGUUUUAGAUGAUGUUUGGAAUGAGAACUAUGAUAAAUGGGAAAUUCUUUGUAGGCCCUUCAUCGCGGGGGAAGCUGGAAGCAGAAUACUUGUGACAACUCGAAAUGAAGGUGUUGCAUCGAUCAUGGCUACUUGUGGGACUUAUCAUUUGAAAGAAUUGACAGAUGAUGAUUGUUUCUCAUUGUUUGCCCGGCAUGCCCUUGGGACUUCAGAUUUCGAAGAACACCCGAACCUAAAAGUAAUUGGAGAGGAAAUAGUGAGGAAGUGCAAAGGGUUGCCUUUGGCGGCCAAGACCCUUGGAGGACUCCUGCGUACUAAAGGGAACCGUCAAGAAUGGGAAGAUAUAUUAAAGAGCAAGAUGUGGGACUUGCCUGAAGAAAGAAGCGGCAUCCUUCCAGCCCUAAGAUUGAGCUACCAUCACCUUCCUUUCCAUUUGAAGCGAUGUUUUUCUUAUUGUGCUUUAUUUCCAAAGGAUUAUGAAUUUGAGAAGGAUGAAUUGGUUUUGUUGUGGAUGGCAGAGGGUUUCUUUCAACAGGCGAAAGGAAAGAGGCAAAUGAAGGAUAUAGGAACUGAAUAUUUUAAUGAUUUGUGGACAAGAUCUUUUUUCCAACAGUCAACUAGAAACAAAGCUCGUUAUGUGAUGCAUGAUCUCAUAAAUGACCUAGCUCAAUUUGUUUCCAGAGAAACAUGCUUCAAUUUCGAUGGAGACGAAUUAUAUGCAAGAGUUGAAAAGUUUCGUCAUUUUUCAUUCCUCCGUCACCCGUUUGACAUUCCAAAAAGAUUUGAAAUUUUGUUUCAGAUGAAAAGUUUAAGAACUUUCUUAGCAUUACCAAUUCAAACAUUGCCUUUGGCAGCGAAUUCCUAUUUAAGUAACAAAGUCUUACAAGAGUUGCUGCCAAGGUUAAGUCAUUUAAGGGUUUUGUGUCUGAGUGGUUAUUGCAUUGAUGAGCUACCUCAUCAAAUUGGUGGUUUGAUUCAACUAAGGUACUUUAAUUUAUCUCACACCAGAAUCAAAUCAUUGCCUGAUUCUUUGGGUUCUCUUAUCAACUUGCAGACAUUGAUAUUGCAUGGGUGCAAGAACCUUAUUAAGUUUCCUCAAGCAAUUGGGAACCUGCUUAAUCUUCAUGUUCUUGAUCUUACUGAUACCGAUAAUUUGGCUGAGAUGCCUAUGCAUAUCGGUAAUCUGAAAGAUCUACAGAUUUUGUCCAAAUUCGUUGUGCCGAAGGAUGGGAGGCCUAACAUUGGAGAAUUGAAGGACUUGUUGCAUUUGCGAAAGGAGCUUUCUAUUUGUGGACUUGAAAAUGUGGUUGAUACUCGAGAUGCUAGGGAGUGCAUUCUGAAAGAUAAGCAGGGGCUUGACAGCUUAGAGUUGCAAUGGAGUCAAGAGUUCAUUGAUGCUGGAAAUAGUGAAAAUGCAAUGCCUGUUUUCAGCAUGCUACAACCUCAUGAAAAUCUCAAAAAAAUUAGAAUUGUGUUUUAUGGUGGUACAAAAUUUCCAUCCUGGUUUGGUGGUCCUUCAUUGGCUAAUAUUGUGGAUAUAGACCUCUCGAACUGUAGAAACAUUACGUCCCUUCCAGCACUUGGGAGACUACCAUCUCUGAAGAUGAUGUCAAUUGAAGGCAUGAAUGGGGUCAAAAAAUUAGAUUUUGAGUUUUACGGAGGUAGCCUACCUACUUUUAAGCCUUUUCCUGUUUUGGAAGUUCUACAAUUUCAGAAUAUGUUGGAAUGGAAACAUUGGUAUUAUCCUAACGAAGCUAAUAAAGGAGAUGGAGAAUUCCCUAAUCUACGUGAGGUUAUGAUUCAUAAUUGUCCAAAGUUGCAUCAGCUACCCAGAUACCUGCCUUCUCUACUGAAGCUUACAGUCAAAGGAUGCCCGAACAUGGCUGAUUCAGUCAUGAGCUUCCUAUCUAUUCAUGAACUAAAUAUUGAAGAUUGCAAUAAAAUGGUUCCAGUGAGACUGGUUGACCUUACCUCUCUAACUACACUGAGAGUCAGGAGUCUGCCAUACCUUACCUGCCUUCCAGAUGUGUUUGAACAGUUUCCAGGAGCACUAAAGCAUCUUUCCAUUUCCAAUUGCAUUGGAUUGACAUCCUUGUGGCAGAAGGUUACUGAAUGUGAGGCUGUUGUUUCUAUUGAGCCUGUAAAGAUUAAUGGAAGUUCUCCCUCUUUAUCACUAGCUGGAAAUGAAAGAAAUCAAGGGCAUAAUAAGAUGUAUUUCCCCGUGUCUCUUGAACGAUUGCAUAUCGAAUCAUGCCCAAAAUUUGUAUCCUUUUCAGAGACAGCUUUCUUGUCCAGACUUCAGCAUCUGAAGCUCCGAGAUUGUCCUGCGCUUAAGAGCCUGCCUAUUUGGAUAAUCAGUGGAUGUCUUCUUGAAGACUUGGAAAUUGAAGAAUGUCCUUUACUCACAUGCUUUCCAAGAGAGAAUUUACCUCCUAAAUUAAAAAGGUUAAAAGUCCAAGGGUGCAUCAACCUAUGUUUUCUACCUGAGGGAUUGAUGCAUGCUGACAACAACAAAUAUACAUCUUAUCUUGAGAAAUUGGAGAUCAUCAGAUGCCCAUCUCUCCGUUACUUUCCAGAAGGUAAAUUACCAACUACCCUUAAAGUGCUUAAGAUUUGGGAUUGCUUGAAGCUGGAAACCCUUUCUGAUAGGAUGCUGCCUAACAAUGCAUCACUUGAAUAUAUUGAUAUUUGGAAGUGUUCAACUCUAAUAAGCCUUCCAGAGUCACUAUGCAAGCUCAUGUCGCUGGUAGAAUUAAAUAUAAGCAAUUGUCAAAAUCUGAAAUGCUUCCCAGAGAUGGGUUUCCUCCUUCCCAACCUUAGAACUUUAAAUAUCUGCAACUGUGUGGAGCUCAAGUCUCUACCUGAUCAGAUGUCAAAUCUCACUUCCCUUCAAUAUUUAACAAUUUGUGAUUGUCCGAGUCUUCUUUCUUUUCCUAGAGGGGGUUUGCCUCCUAAUCUAUUGUCACUUGAGAUCUGGUAUUGUAAAGAACUCAAGGAACCAGUAUCAGAAUGGAACCUACACACAUUAAUCUCUCUUCAAGAUUUCAGCAUUGCUGGUGGACCAGAGAUGGUUUCCUUUCCAGAUGAAAAGUGUCUGCUUCCUGCAACUAUAGUUUCCAUAUAUAUAGCAAAACUCCAUAAUCUAGAAUCCCUGACCAAGGGGCUUCAAAAUCUACCCUCACUUGAAGAACUAGAGGUUGUCGGAUGUCCUAAGCUUCAACGUUUGCCAAAGGAAGGAUUGCCUGCAACACUUGGAAGACUUUGUAUCAGGAACUGUCCACUUCUGGAAAAUCUAUGUUCAAGAGAUAAGGGGGAAUAUUGGCCAUUGAUAUCCCACAUACCCUGUGUUGAGAUAGAAGCUACAGAGAUUUAGUGUCCUUUGGCAGAUCAGCUUGUGUUUUCUUUGGGAGAAGUGAGAACUGCACAGGGAUGUCAUCCCCUUUAUUUCUUUGGUAAAUUUCUUCAGGUGCCAUCAAUUUUCAUCAGCUUAGUAUUAGAAAAUCAUUUUAGCAAUAACGAUUCCACUUUCUCACUUGCUUCGUAGAGGGAAAUGGAAAAGAAGCAUGUUACAUCAAAAAAGGUUCCAGCCAUCAAUCAGUCAACUAAGGAGCUUUGUGGAUAAUGUUAGUAAAGACUGAAUCAUCUGUCAUUGACAACAGGUUGUGUGAUCUUGCUCAUUAUUUAAGCUGUUUAUAGUGAGUCAAGAGAAAGUUAUACAGCUGAUGCAUUCACAUUUUUUGGAUUCCUUGCAGAGAAGGGGCUAUCUUGCCAUAUGCCGCUCGCUAGGGCUCUAGUCAUGCCUACGAAUUUUUUUGCCUUGUGUAUCUUGAUUGUUUAUAUUAUGUCUGGUUAGAGCUUCCUAUAGGACUAGUGACUUGAGUUAAAGUUUGUCUGUAAACGAGGAUUGUGUUUAGGGUGUUGACAUGUGACCCAAAGCCUAGGUGUCUUGCAUUUUGUGGAGGUCAAUGAGACCUUUAACUAAACUUGAUCAAUUUGACUUUUUAUUGUGUACCAAUUGCCAACUUGUCAUUUUUUUUAUUUUAUUGAUUAAUAUGGUUGAACUUUACAUAACAU